UACAUUGUCCGAACCUCAUCCCUUCUCUAGUUCUAUCUCUCUUACGUCAAAGUUGGCUGUCACCGGCCCCGCCGCCUCAGAGUGAAGUUAUGAAGGUGGUGAACCUGAAGCAAGCCAUUUUGCAAGCCUGGAAGGAGCGAUGGAGUGACUACCAAUGGGCAAUCAACAUGAAGAAAUUAUUUCCCAAGGGAGCCACCUGGGACAUUCUCAACCUGGCAGAUGCAUUGCUGGAGCAGGCCAUGAUUGGACCUUCUCCCAAUCCUCUUAUCCUGUCCUAUCUGAAGUAUGCCAUUAGCUCUCAGAUGGUGUCCUACUCUUCUGUCCUCACGGCUGUCAGUAAGUUUGAUGACUUUUCCCGGGACCUGUGCGUCCAGGCUUUGCUGGAUAUCAUGGAUAUGUUUUGUGACCGUCUGAGCUGUCACGGCAAAGCUGAGGAGUGCAUCGGGCUCUGUCGAGCCCUUCUCAGUGCCCUCCACUGGCUGCUGCGCUGCACGGCAGCCUCUGCGGAACGGCUCCGGGAGGGGCUGGAGGCCGGCUCUCCCGCUGCCGGGGAGAAGCAGCUGGCUAUGUGCCUGCAGCGAUUGGAGAAGACCCUCAGCAGCACCAAGAACCGGGCCCUGCUACACAUCGCCAAGCUAGAGGAGGCCUCAUUGCACACAUCCCAGGGACUUGGGCAGGGUGGCACCCGAGCCAAUCAACCAACAGCCUCCUGGACUGCGAUUGAGCAUUCUCUCUUGAAGCUUGGAGAGAUCCUGGCUGGUCUCAGUAACCCCCAGCUCCGGAGCCAGGCUGAGCAGUGUGGCACUCUUAUUAGGAGCAUCCCCACAAUGCUGUCUGUGCACACGGAGCAGCCGCAUAAGACGGGCUUCCCUACUGUCCACGCCUUGGUCCUGCUUGAGGGGACCAUGAACCUGACAGGAGAGACACAGCCACUAGUGGAGCAGCUGAUGAUGGUGAAGCGCAUGCAGCACAUCCCCACUCCACUUUUUGUCCUGGAGAUCUGGAAAGCUUGCUUCGUGGGUCUCAUUGAGUCUCCCGAGGGCACAGGGGAGCUCAAAUGGACGGCGUUCACCUUCCUCAAGAUCCCACAGGUUUUGGUGAAGUUAAAGAAAUACUGUCACGGGGACAGGGACUUCACUGAGGAUGUCAACUCAGCUUUUGAAUACCUGCUGAAGCUCACGCCCUUGUUGGACAAAGCUGACCAGCGCUGCAACUGUGACUGCACAAAUUUCCUGCUUCAAGAAUGUGGCAAGCAGGGGCUUCUUUCUGAAGCCAACGUGGACAACCUCACGGCUAAGCGCAAAGCUGACCGGGAACAUGCCCCACAGCAGAAAUCGGGAGAAAACGCCAACAUCCAGCCCAAUCCUGGGCUGAUUCUCCGGGCGGAGCCCACUGUCACAAACAUCCUCAAGACGAUGGAUGCAGACCACUCCAAGUCCCCAGAGGGCCUGCUGGGGGUCCUGGGCCACAUGCUGUCCGGGAAGAGUCUGGACUUGCUGCUGGCUGCUGCUGCCGCCACUGGAAAGCUGAAAUCCUUCGCCCGGAAAUUCAUCAAUUUGAAUGAAUUCACGACCUAUGGCAGUGAAGAAAACACCAAACCCGCUUCAGUUCGGGCCUUGCUCUUUGACAUCUCCUUCCUCAUGCUGUGCCACGUCGCCCAGACCUACGGCUCGGAGGUCAUUCUGUCCGAGUCGCGCACAGGAGCAGAGGUACCCUUCUUCGAGACCUGGAUGCAGACCUGCAUGCCCGAGGAGGGCAAGAUCCUGAACCCCGACCACCCCUGCUUCCGGCCCGACUCCACCAAAGUGGAGUCCUUGGUGGCCCUGCUCAACAACUCCUCAGAGAUGAAGCUGGUGCAGAUGAAGUGGCAUGAAGCCUGUCUCAGCAUUUCAGCCGCCAUCUUGGAAAUCCUCAACGCCUGGGAGAACGGGGUCCUGGCCUUCGAGUCCAUCCAGAAAAUCACUGAUAACAUCAAGGGAAAGGUGUGCAGUCUCGCGGUGUGUGCUGUGGCUUGGCUUGUGGCCCACGUCCGGAUGCUGGGACUGGAUGAGCGUGAGAAGUCGCUGCAGAUGAUCCGCCAGCUGGCAGGGCCACUGCACAGUGAGAACACCCUGCAGUUCUACAAUGAGAGGGUGGUGAUCAUGAGCUCCAUCCUGGAGCAUAUGUGUGCCGAUGUGCUACAGCAGACGGCCACGCAGAUCAAGUUCCCCUUCACGGGCGUGGACACCAUGCCCUACUGGAACCUGCUGCCCCCCAAGCGGCCCAUCAAGGAAGUGCUGAUGGACAUCUUUGCCAAGGUGCUGGAGAAGGGCUGGGUGGACAGCCGCUCCAUCCACAUCUUCGACACUCUGCUACACAUGGGUGGUGUCUACUGGUUUUGCAACAACCUGAUUAAGGAACUCCUAAAGGAGACACGGAAGGAGCACACGCUACGGGCGGUGGAGCUGCUUUACUCCAUCUUCUGUCUGGAUAUGCAGCAAGUGACCCUAGUCCUGCUGGGCCACAUCCUGCCUGGCCUGCUCACUGACUCCUCUAAGUGGCACAGCCUCAUGGACCCCCCUGGCACAGCCCUUGCCAAGCUGGCAGUGUGGUGUGCCCUGAGUUCCUACUCCUCUCACAAGGGACAGGCAUCUACCCGGCAAAAGAAGAGACACCGCGAAGACAUUGAGGAUUACAUCAGUCUCUUCCCCUUGGACGACAUGCAGCCGUCAAAGCUGAUGCGACUGCUGAGCUCCAAUGAGGACGACGCCAACGUCCUCUCGAGCCCGAGAUCCCCUCUGGGCUCUCAUGUACCAGUUACCCACCGGGUGAUGGUUGGUGAGGGUGUCCUCGGGCAGCAGUCCUGUGUGUGGCAGACUGUGUCCUCAGGGCGCUCACUCCUUCCCACAGCUGACAGGUCCAUGAGCAGCUCCCUCUCGGCCUCCCAGCUGCACACGGUCAACAUGAGGGACCCUCUGAACCGCGUGCUAGCCAACCUGUUCCUGCUCAUCUCCUCCAUCCUGGGCUCGCGCACCGCCGGCCCCCACACGCAGUUCGUGCAGUGGUUCAUGGAGGAGUGUGUGGACUGCCUGGAACAGGGCAGCCGGGGCAGCAUCCUGCAGUUCAUGCCCUUCACCACCGUAUCGGAACUGGUGAAGGUGUCAGCCAUGUCCAGCCCCAAGGUGGUCCUGGCCAUCACGGACCUCAGCCUGUCCCUGGGCCGCCAGGUGGCUGCCAAAGCCAUUGCCGCGCUCUGAGGGGCCCAGCGUGGUCCAGGGUCCAGCUGGGGCAUCCUGACUCCGGUGCCUCGGUAGAGGACGGUGAGGAAAGAUGAGGCAUCGUUGCUCACAUCCACGUGAUGUAAGAGCUCUUCGUCAGUUUCCAGAUUUUUCCCCCCACUCCCAACUUCUGACCUUCAAUAUGUUUCCCAGUGGCUUUCGUGAUUUCCUCUCCCUCUGCCACCCCUGAGGAGUGUGGUCAACCUGGCUCCUCAGCCAGUGACCGCCUGUGUGUGCCUCCCCCGGGCCAGGGGUGGGCCUACCUCUGAGGAACUUUUGAGAUGCAUAGUAUGUAAAUAUAUAUAUAUAUAUAUAUAUAUAUAUUUUGUAAUAUGUCCGGGGAAUCCACCUCCGCUCACUGUAAAUAAAGAUCUUCAUGGGUCCCUUUGUGACUA